AUGGGGGUUGUGAACAUCGAAGAAGGACGCCUCAACUCUUGGUCGGGCGUCCUUUGUGCUGAGGAGAAAAGGGUUUCUUCUGAACAAUUGUGCUUCAGUAAAGAAAAGAUGGUGGAGGCCUUUAAAACUUGCAAAACAAAGGAGAAUAUCACUUCCGAAACUGAAAAAACAUUAUUGAACAGAGAAGUUCCCGAAACCAUGGAUGGCAAGUGUUUCCUCGCUUGUUGGUUCGAGCAGUUACAUUUGAGCGGCAAGCUGGACGUGGGCUCGUGCGACAAGGUGUGCGACGCGGUGUGCACGGCCGACAACGCGCGCGGGGAGCAGCUGCGCGCCGCCGUCGAGAAGUGCCGGCCCGAGGGAGACAAGGCAACUGGCGAGGAGAGCACCCUGCGCUGUGAGAGGGCCUACCACAUCGCCAAAUGCGUGCACAAGGAGAUCGCCAACAUUUGGGAUAAGGAUUACAAGACAGGUCCAAGCGAACCAAUGGUUUUGGUCCAGCUCCUGGCCGAAGGGCAAAUGCUUUUGGCUGACUGCAUGCCUUUGUGCUCUCUGGUAGCUCGCUGA